AUGAAGUCCAAGCGGGCGAAGCUGGAGGCAUGGAAGAAGGAGCGCGAGGCGAAGAAGGCGCUCGACGAGGCGAAAGCGAAGGCUCUGGCGUUAGCGGGAAAGUCAGGAGCCGCUGGCAAUGGACAGCCGAAGACGCUCGGCUUCAAGGGGCUCCCCGCGAAGCCUGACCUCGCUCCGAAAACGAAAAUGUCGAUGGACGACUCCGUCGAAACCAAGCGCAAGCUCGAGAAGCUCGGUGACAUGCCUGCCGUCGACAUGUCUAUGGCGGAAAGUCAACAAAUUGGUGAUCUCGAGCACGACGAUGAUGACGACGACGCAAACAGGAUGGACGAGUCGAAGGAUGGGCCGGCAGCAGCAGCAGAAGACGAAGACGAGGUCGAUCCACUUGACGCGUUCAUGUCGAACGUCAAGGAGGAGGUCAAGAAGGUCAACCUGCAGGACAUGCAGAAGAUGUCGGAGGCCGCCUCGAAGUCCAGUGCUGGAAAGCGCAUGGAUGACGGUGAUGUGGACAUGGAGGAGGCAGGCGAGGACAUCGACGAGAUUGACGCGACGGAGCUGAAUCCUGAGGACAUCCUUGCGCUCGCAGCGAAGAAGGCGAAGAAGAAGGAGCUUGCCGUGACCGACCAUUCGCGCAUGAAGUACGAACCAUUCCGCAAAGAAUUCUACAUCCCGCCACCCGAUAUCGCGUCCAUGACCGACGAUGAAGCUGACCUCCUUCGUCUCGAACUGGACGGCAUCAAGAUUCGCGGUAUUGACUGCCCUCGCCCAGUCACGAAGUGGAGCCACUUCGGUCUUCCUGCUUCAUGCCUGGACGUCAUCAAGCGCCUAAAUUAUACGGCUCCGACGCCUAUUCAAGCUCAGGCAGUCCCUGCAAUCAUGUCCGGCCGAGACGUUAUCGGUGUCGCAAAGACAGGUUCGGGCAAGACCAUCGCGUUCCUCAUCCCUCUCUUCCGACAUAUCAAGGACCAGCGGCCUCUGGAACCGAUGGAAGGUCCCAUUGCUCUCGUCAUGACGCCGACGCGUGAGUUGGCCACCCAAAUUCACAGAGAAUGCAAGCCUUUUCUCAAAGUGCUAAACCUUCGGGCCGUGUGUGCGUAUGGCGGCUCCCCCAUCAAGGACCAAAUCGCUGACCUGAAGAAGGGUGCGGAAAUCAUCGUCUGCACUCCCGGACGCAUGAUCGACCUUCUCACCGCGAAUUCUGGUCGCGUCACCAAUCUCAAGCGCGUCACGUACGUUGUACUCGACGAAGCGGACCGCAUGUUCGAUAUGGGCUUCGAGCCGCAGGUCAUGAAGAUCAUCAAUAACAUCCGCCCCGACCGCCAGACUGUCCUCUUCAGUGCGACGUUUCCGAAGCAAAUGGACAGUCUGGCGCGCAAAAUCCUGAAGAAGCCUCUCGAGAUCACUGUCGGUGGCCGUUCAGUCGUCGCUGCAGAGAUCGAGCAAAUUGUCGAGGUUCGGGAGGAGGAUACGAAGUUCAUGCGCCUACUCGAGAUUCUCGGGCAGAUGUACAACGAGGAUCCCGAUUGCCGUACGCUCAUCUUCGUCGACCGGCAUGAGGCCGCGGACAACCUUCUCCGAGAGCUUAUGCGGAAAGGUUAUCUCUGCAUGUCGCUGCACGGCGGACGCGAGCAGGUCGACCGAGACGCGACGAUCGCCGACUUCAAGGCCGGCGUCGUUCCCAUCGUCAUCGCCACCAGUGUCGCGGCUCGCGGCUUAGACGUGAAGCAGCUCAAACUGGUCAUCAACUACGAUGCGCCGAACCACAUGGAGGACUACGUACAUCGUGCUGGUCGAACAGGGAGAGCAGGAAACAAGGGUACUUGCGUCACCUUCAUCGAGCCGGAGCAGGAGCGGUACUCCGUGGAUAUCUACAGGGCACUGAAGGCCAGCAACGCUUCGGUGCCGAAGGAGCUGGAAGCUAUGGCGAAUGGCUUUCUCGACAAGGUCAAGGCUGGCAAAGCGCACGUCGCGGGCUCCGGCUUUGGUGGCAAGGGCUUGGAUCGUCUCGACAGCGAACGCGACGCCAAGCAGAAGGCGGAGCGUAAGGCGUACGGCGAGCCAGACCAGCCGCAGGCCGAAGAGAAGGCUGCGAAUAGCACUGAGGAGGCGACGGUGAAGGCGACUGCAAACAGCGGCGACGAUAUGACCUUCGGCAACUUUAAGGUCGAAGUUCGCCGGGGCCCCGCACCUGACUCCUCGAAGGGUAUCUUCGGCAUCGGUGCUGCUGGCCUCGCGGCGAAGAAGGCUGCGCACGCGAAGGAGGAAGAGCGUAUCCAAGCGCAAAUCAAGGUUGCGGAGGAGGCUGGUAAUCGCGCGGGCAAGGACACGCCUGCGUACAAGCAGGCCCAGAGUGUCAUUGCGAAGCUCAACGCGCAGCUGCGCGCCACCCGCCUCGUGCUGCAGAGCCAGUUGCAGGCCGCGGAGAAUCCGGCAAUGCAGAAGAGCUUAAUCGGGGGUGUCACGCCGGACUCGACUGAGUUCCAUGCCAUUAUUCCGAUCAACGACUACCCGCAGAAGGCGAGGUGGCGUGUCACGAACAAGGAGACCAUGUCCCAGCUUAUCGACAUGACCGGCGCGUCUGUGACCAACAAGGGCAUCUAUUACGAACCAGGCAAGGAGCCGCCCCUCGAGGGCCCGCCGAAGCUGCAUCUUCUUAUUGAGUCGAAUGACGAGUUUAGGGUGGAACAAGCCGUUCGCGAGAUUAAGCGCCUGCUCAUUGAAGCCUCUGCGGCGGCCUUGCAGGCUGAGGCGCGGAAUCCAGGCGGUCCCAUUGGUAGAUACAGCGUUCUCUAG